AUGUGGAUGCCUCCAGGGCAGAACCAAAGCUGGGUUUCUGAAUUUAUCCUGCGUGGCUUUUCCUGUGACCCCAUGUCCAACAGGAUCCUCUUCAUUGCCUUUCUUCUUCUCUACCUGAGCUCAGUCCUUGGCAAUGGGCUCAUCAUCAUCCUGGUAUGUCUGGACGUGACUCUCCACACUCCCAUGUCCUUUUUCCUCUGCAUCCUCUCCCUGCUGGAUGUGAGCUGUGUCACCACCACCAUGCCCCAGAUGUUGGUGCAUCUUCUCGCUCAAUCUCAGACCAUCGCCUUUGCUGGCUGUUGGCUACAAAUGUACGUGUUUGGUGCCUUGGGUCUGACCGAGUGCCUUUUGUUUGUGGUCAUGGCGUAUGAUCGGCAUGUGGCCAUUUGCUACCCACUGCGUUACACUGUCAUCCUCAGCUGGGGCCUGUGUACACGGCUGGCUGCUGGGACCUGGGCCUGCGGUGUCGUCUUCUCUCUGAUCCAUACUUUUUUCGCCAUGCGGCUGCCAUACUGUGGGCGCAACGUGGUCAACCACUACUUCUGCGAAGGUCCCUCAGUGCGAAGCUUGGCUGGCACGGACACCCACCUCGUUGCGAUGGUGGACCUGGCCAUCAGCGUCUUCAUUGUUGUUGUCCCCUCCCUCAUUCUGGCUUCCUACAUCAGCACUGUCCAGGCCAUUCUCAAGAUCAAGUCCACGCAGGCCCGCUGCAAGGCUUUCUCUACCUGUGCUGCCCACCUGGCGGUGGUCACAUUCUUCUAUGCUCCAGCCGCCUACGUCUACAUGAGGCCCAACUCCAGCUACUCCCCUGAGCGAGACAAGCAGAUCUCACUCUUUUACAAUGUCUUCACGGCCCUGCUCAACCCCGUGGUCUACAGUCUGAGGAACAAGGACAUCAAGGGGGCUUUUUUCAAAAUGAUGGGAAGGGGUAGAGUGGCCUGGUGAACUGGGAGACAGGAGGCGCCUGGGGUAGAACAUCCAGUCCUGUGAAAGGGGGACAGCAUACAUUUGAACCACCAUAGCGCUUGGCCAGUGGAACAAAGGUGGUCCAUGGAACCAA